AUGGCUGGGGAAGUGAUAGUAGAUGCGUUGCCAUACAUCGAUCAAGGAUACGAUGAACCUGGAGUUCGAGAAGGGGCUUUUGCUAUGGUCGAAGAAGAAUGUAGGAGGUACCGACCUACCAAAAAUUACUUAGAACACCUGCCGCCACUCAACAUAUCUUCGUUUGAGACCCCUAUAAUGCACAAUGAAUUUGAGAGGCUUCAGAAUCGUUUACCCAUGGAGACCCUGUCUAUGAAGCGUUAUGAACUACCACCGCCGCCCAGUGGUAAACUCAAUGAAGUAGGGGCAUGGCUAGAAUGUGUAGACAACUCAAAAGCACAAUUAGAGCACCAAGCUGUGAGAAUUUUGAAUUUGCAAUUGAUGUUGGAAUAUUGCUGUCCAGCAUGGCAAAGAUAUUUACAAACUCUCAACAGUUUGGAAAAAACUGCCUCAAAAAAGUUAGCUGAAAUCAGGCAGUUGUUACAAGAGGUGAACUGGCAGAGAAAAUCUUUGCAAACCAAGGGUGGGGAUCAACUCAAGGGGUUAGAGGCCAAGUGGGUGGCACUGGUGUCACAUAAUUAUGAGAUUGAGCAGGCAUGUUGUAUGGCUGAGGAUUAUAUAGCACAGGUCAAGCAAAACCCACAGAUAUUGUUCUACCAACAGUCACAAAAAUCAAGUGCAUGA